AUUUCCCUUGAAAAUCUCCGAGUCAUCAUGAGUGGAAACUCAUCUCCAAAGAACACAAAUGAAGAAGCGUUGCUCUCGUGCUGGGGUCGUCUCAAGUUGAAGCUUCCAUGGAGAAACAAGAGAGUUAGAAGUAACACCGGAGGCAGAGACACUCGGGCUAAUAUGGGGUGUGACAUAACCUCGCUCUUCACCACUAGGCAACAAAGACCAUUUGGAGGAUUUAGGUAUGACCCUUUAAGCUAUGCUCAGAAUUUUGAUGACGGCUGCUGUGAUGAUGAUAGCCAGGACACUAUUCGUCGGGGAUUUUCUGCCAGAUAUGUUGCCUCCUCACCAAGAUCAGUUGCAAAUAAGUAAAAUUUGUAAUUGAAUACUAAUUUUUAGUACGCUCUUGUUCGUGUGGAUUUUGUUUUGGUGUCGAUUCUAUAAAACAAACAGUUCAUU